UAACUUUUCUUAGUGGAUGCAAGCGUUAGACUUGAGAUUCUUAUAUUAUAUUCAUAUAAAACUACACAUAAUGUUGAUGCAGAGGUUCGGAGCCACCAGCAAGCUUUUGCCACACCUUUCAGCCAAUAAAAUCUCUCCAGUGUCUUCUUCUCUUGUGCUCCAUCAUCCAUAUCCAAAGAGGCCUUGUCUUGGAACUCUUGCACCCUAUUCAUCUUCCUGGCCCAAAGACCCAAAAGAUAAACUUCCUUCCUUGAUUCAAGACAUGUCAGUUUCAACAAGUUCAUCAUCAUCUGUUGCAAAACAAGCCAUCAUGCCUGAAGAUGGAGUUGAGCAGAUUGAAUUACUCAGUGCAGUUGAGGAUUUACAUGGAGGAGUUGUUGUAGACUUGAAAGAAGUUAUGGAUUCUGAGGUUUUCAGCUCUUUGCUCAGAGCUUCAAUGUCACAGUGGAAGCAAAAGGGGAAGAAGGGUGUGUGGAUCAAAUUGCCUAUUGAACUUUCAAAUCUUGUGGAUGCUGCUGUUAAGGAAGGAUUUAGGUACCACCAUGCUGAGCCAGAUUACUUAAUGCUUGUAAGAUGGAUUCCUGAAACUAUUGAUACUCUUCCGGCAAAUGCUUCGCACCGAGUAAGUAUUGGUGCUUUUGUCAUGAACAGUGAAAGAGAGAUACUUGUGGUUCAGGAGAUCAGUGGCAAAUUCAAAGAUACAGGUUUCUGGAAGAUGCCGACUGGGGUUGUUAAUGAAGGUGAGGAUAUUUGUGCAGCUGCAGUUAGAGAAGUCAAAGAAGAGACAGGAAUUGAAACAGAGUUUGUGGAGAUUUUAGCAUUUAGGCAAAGCCACAAGUCAUUCUUUCGAAAAUCCGACUUGUUGUUUGUUUGCAUGUUAAAACCACACUCCUCUGACAUCGAGAAGCAAAAUUUAGAGAUUGAGGCAGCCCAGUGGAUGCCAUUUGAGGAAUAUGCAGCUCAACCCUUCAUUCGGAAAAACAAGAUGUUCGAUUAUGUAGCAGAGAUAUGCUUGGCAAAAUCAGAUCAGGACUAUGCCGGUUUUUCUCCAAUGCGUACAACAACAUCCUCCGGAAAAAGAAUCUACUUGUACCAUAACAACCGGGACAUGGCCAACAUACAGGCUACCGGUGAGAUCAUCAGUAGAAAGGCUGAUCAAACUCCAUAACAUGGUGGCAAUAACAGUCACUGUGGAUUCCUAUUGUAUAAAAAUCCCUUCAAGUGCCUCCCGUUUUACAUUGAUGUCAUGUCUAUGAUUGGUUCCUAUAUUGAUGUCAUUACAUUGCUUUAUAAUUUAUAAAUCGAAAUUCCAGAUACCGUGUGUAUACGUCUCAUGUACGCUAAUAUUUUUAAUACAACUUGCUUAUUCUAUUUUAA